UGGAAGCACCAGGUGAAGACCUCCACAGAGGCUAAGCACUGCACUCGCUCUUUACCACCGUCUUCUGUCUCUUUUGCCCGGUGCAUCCAGUUCAUUUGUGUCUGCCUGGGGUCACGUCUUCGUCUACUUCAGCGAGAGCCUGGACUUCCUCUCCAGUGUGUGUGGCCGUCAGCGAUCACCCAAACUGAUGAGGAUCGGCUGAUAGGGCUACAAUUAAGUUCCUUUUUUUCUUUUUUUGCUAAGCGGAAAGAAUGUCGGAAAGGGCCGAGGAUGACGUCAGGGGGGAGCAGCGCCGAGCGGCCAGGCAGCAGCUGAAGCAGCAGCAGAUCCAGCGGGGAGAAGGCUCCACAGCAAUGGCGACUGUUGCGGAGCGGAGAUCAUUGCCUAGUCCAGAAAUAAUGCUGGGACAGCCUUGGAGCAACUGGGUCGACGCCGCCAAACUCCACGGCAACGACGGUGCUGAAUCGGAAGAAAGUUUCAAAGACUUCGGGAAAAAUCGAGAAGCCAUGCGUUUGUGCAGAGAAGACAUGCCCAUAUUUGGCCAGUGUCCCGCACAGGACGACUUCUACCUUGUGAUGUGCAGCCACUGCAGUCAGGUAGUCAAGCCCCAAGCCUUCCAAGCACACUACGAAAGAAGACACAGUUCUGCCAGCAAACCAGCCUCCACCUCGCCCUUCCCUGUGUCAGGCAGGAGCAGGAUAAGUGGAAGCAGUCUCGGGCCAGGGUUAGUCUCUGGAUCUGCGGCAGUGGUGACCAGCGGGAGCAUCCUUGGUCGACCUUCCACUGCUGGAUCCAGUUUAUGCUCCUCUACAAUGUCGUCAUCCUCCUCUUCUUCUAAUCCCAAACUCCUAAAACCAGCCAAAGAGAAGCUGCCAAGCACUCAGCGAAGAAAUCCCCUUCCACCUUUGAGGAUGCUACAUCCAGACAAGAUCCUCACCCCGGCUGUCAAGGUGGAGAAGAUGCAUCUGAGGGUGGACUCGUCCUCUAAGCUGGUGCAGGCCGCAUCUGCCCCCGCCACCACCUCAUCCUCCUCUACAUCCUCCUCUAGCACCACUGUGAGCUCCAACACUACCACCAUCACCACUUCCUCUUCCUCCUCUUCAUCAUCAUCAGCCCUUAAACCAGGCCUUAACUGUCCCUCCAUACCAAAGCCUCCAUUACUGGCCCCCGCUCAGAUUCCAAACGGCAAGGGCCACCUGUCAGUCCUCUCAGACAAGGACAGCAGCAGCAGCAGCAGUGCCAGUAGCAGACGCCACAUUAACAAGAAAGUUACAGAGCGCGAGUUCAACCCAGAUAUUCACUGUGGCGUUAUGGAUAUUACAGCUCGGAAACCAUGCACAAGAUCCCUAACAUGCAAGACACAUUCCUUAAGCCAGCGGAGGGCAGUGCCAGGGCGGAGGAAGCGCUUUGACACACUGCUGGCGGAGCACAAGAACAGGACGAGGGAGCGGGAGAGGGAGAGAGAACUCCACCAACCCCAUUCCCAGCAAAACCCCUCUCUCAGGGACCCACACCCCUCCUCCCACCUCGCCGCUGCCCAUGACGCCCACCAGGUUGCUCAUGGCAACGGCCCUGCCCCAGACACCACUAAGCCUUUGCCACUCAGCAAACCCAAAUUUCACAGCCCUGGUCUUCCACGACCAAACAGCAGUCAUGGAGCUGGUACCACUGGAGACCCUGCUGUAGUCCAUGAGACACCACACCAUCCCCAAAGUACCCCUGAUGGGUUGUCAAGACCCUCCAGUGACGAGGGAGAAAAUGAGGAGCGCGAGGACAAUGCUGACAAACUGGACUGUCACUAUUCAGGUUAUCAUCCUCGGCCGGCAGCUUACUGUACGUUUGGUAGUCGACUGUUUGGAAGAGGCUGUUACUCCUUUGACCGGCGGUGGGACAGAGUUCGAUGUACACUAACCACAAUGAUGGACAAGCACGUCAACUCUCAGAUGUGGAAGAAAAUCCCCUUGGCCUUGGAGAACUCCUCCUCUGUUGCACCUACGCAUAGGACAAGCACAAAUUCUCAUGGUAGCACUCCCUCUUCAGGCUUCCUGGCCCCCCCUGCCACCCUGCCCCAGACUCCUUAUAGCCAAUCCUAUGAGGGCAAAUCUAUGCUCUCCUAUGGGACCACCUUGAAUGCCCGCAGCUCCCCUCAGGGCGGGGCUGAGCACCCGGCCUACGGCAUUACGCAGGCCCGACAAGUGUCUUCGUCGCCGCAGAUGCCUUCAGCCCACUCGUCCUCAUCCUCUUCUUCUUCAGCUCCUUCCCUAGCCUCAGGCCGGGCGCUCAAGUCCCGCUCCUCCUCCAGCAGCAGCACUACUAAGUCAUCGUCGUCCUUCAGGCCCAAGGAGGUCUCCUCUAGCUACUCUGGCACAGUCAUCCCGAACUCCACUGGUGGGAGCAGCAGCAGCAGCGGAGCCAACAGUAACAGUAGCAGCACUAGCUUCAGCUCGGGGAAGAAAAGAAAGAACAGCUCUAUUCUGUCUUCAUCCCAUGGCCCCCCAGACUCCUCCUCCUCUAACGCCAACUACUCUUCCUCCUCCUCUUCUUCUUUCAAGAAGAACUGUGCAAAUGUCGGCAGCUCAGGGAGCACUUACCACCACAGCUCAUUAGGUCCUACAUCCUCAUCAUCUCUGUCCUCUUCCCACAGUGGAGUCCACAGCGUGGGGCUAAACUGUGGCCCCACAGUGCGGACCAACUCACUCAGCCUCAAAGCCGAGUCUUCUGGAGGGUCAGCCGGCGGCUCAUCAGGGCCGCCAGCUCGGGGCCCUCCCUCAGGCAGCCCUGCAGAAUCCAUAAAGCGUAUGAGUGUGGUGAUGAACAGCAGCGACUCCACCCUCUCCCUGGGUCCCUUUGUACACCACCAGUCCUCAUCAGACCACCACACCAGCUUCAGCCACCACUCAGAUGGGCGCCUGGAAGGCAAGAAGCGCAAAAGCUCUCCUGCUUCCAGUGGCAUUAACAGUGGAGGUGGGGGAGGAGGGCUCGGGGGUGGAGGAGGGGGACCGGGGAUGGGACCAGGACCGGGACCAGGACCAGGUAGACCCAAAGUGGCCAAGUCACCUGCCAUUAACAACAUCCAUGGGAAGCAUGGGCGGAGCAUUCCAGGGACACCAGGGCUACCCAACAAUUCUCAUUUACAUCAGCCAAAGGCUCGUCCCUGACAGCGGUGUCCGGCUUCUGGGAAUGGAAGCAGCAGGCAGACGGGGAAUAGUCUGGAGCAACCUGCUAACUGCUCCGGACUGCACGAGGCCUUCUAAAGUCAAACCCACAUUACUCUCAGCUUCCCACAAUCCUCAGGGUGGAGAUGAUCUGGACUGCCCAGUGAAGUCAAUGUGGUCCUUACUAUUUCUCCCAAAGCCAUGUGUGUGUGUCUGUGUGAGAGUAUGAGAGAGGGAGGUGGUACCAUACAGGGAGCAGCAGAGGUUCUAAUGAGCUAAUCAGAGCCCCUCAUGCAAGUGUCGUCCCUGAGAUGUCUUCCUAUCUGUUUGGAGGAAGGAGAAACAUUAGCAACAGCAGUGGGUCUCUUGCUCAUUGGGUUCAGGUUAUGGUCUGCAGCGAAAAGUCGUCACAACGCUGAGCAACUGGGGAGACCACAAGCCGAUCUCCCACGUGUUUGUAUGAAUGAGUUUGUGAAUGUGUGUGCGUGAAUGAGUAUUGUCGUUAUGUCAGAUUCUGCUGGACUACUGGAGUUUCCGACUUAAUUACACCCCCAGCGCCUGAUCUCAGAAGCCUUGGAUGGAAAGCAGAAGGAGCAGCAAACUGUUACUUUAAACACCUUGAACAACACACAAUCACCUUGUUGUUUCACUUUCUGUUGGUCUGAGUCUCUCUGGCGGCACGAUGAGAAACCUCGGGUCGCACGCAGGAGCUUGAGAGAAGCCCCAUGGGACGAUCUGGUCAUUUUUUUAUCCAGAAUAAUUAUGCAAGUGUUACCUUUUUAUGAUUUCUUAUGAGCUUUUUACACUGAACUACAAAGAGUCUUUGUAGAUGUGGUGGAGACAGUUGUGCUUUCAAAUGUGAAUAGGACGCCUGAUGUGCCCAUUCGAUUGAAUCUUUUGUCAGAGAGAUAGCUUGGUCUUUAGGACACCUGUUAAUUUUCUGAAUCUUUCCAUUGUGCAAAAUGAGAGCAACAGUAGACCUACCCCCAACUGUGAACAGCACUAAAGAACUACUUUCUCCGCAGGCACUGCUUAGUCGACUUCAGAGCUAGCCAACAGCUGCUACCAGCUUUGCCAACUACUUUUUUUUUUUAAAUUAAAGGUGGGCAUCAGGCUCAUUAAGUGGUGAGGUUGCAUUGCCUGUGUAGAUAUGAAGAAAAAUCUGUGCAAACCAUAUUGUCAUUGCCACAACUGACCUACUUUUUACCCCACGCAGCUGUGUGAACGUCCACAGCAGCUGUGGGCAGAUGUGAAUUGUAAUAUUUCCCACGAAGGGAAUCAGGUAUGGUACGUCUUAACUGGAGCAAACUUUAUGCACGUCACCCGUCUUCUGUGGGUUCACUUGUCCCCUCCUGUGUGUAACCACUACCCCAGCUCUGGAUGUUUAAACUUUCAAUGCCUCGCCUCGAACACUAAGUGUUGAGAGAAGAUUUGUCGCAGUAGAUGGCCAGGCGUUUUACUCUAUUCCUUUGUCAAAAUGGAGUCUUAAAUCAGGCAAUACUUGCCCAUCUGGCUGGGACGUUUGCUUCUUUUAAACGGUCUUGUGUGGGUUUUAUGGUGCGGGAUUCAUAGAGAUGGCUUCACAAGACAUAUUUAAACUUUUGGCAACAACUUUUCAUUUGUGGAACCUUCACUGAUGUCAGAUAGGAAGAAGUGGAGUUGUUUUGUUUUUAAAAGAAUCAUUUAGCUUUUAUCUUGUAGCCAAUGUGUCAAACGAGUAUUGAAGUCUCCCUAUUUGAGAAUACAUAUUUUGUUAACAAAUUGUACAUAGAGAAAUAUGUAUUUUUGCACAGGCAUUUUUCGUACAAGCUGAAUAUUUGGUACAAUAAGUCAUUAUUUAUUUAGUUAAAAAAAGAUGAAGUCAGAGUGGUUCACUGCCAAGUCUAUAUAAUGCAAUAUGCCUAUAUGUAGAGUGUGAAGCAUCUCAUGAAUCGUGUACUGAAAACCUUUAAGGAACAAAGUGUUGCUGCUGUAGCAUGUUUCUGUGUGACAGAGGAAACCUUUACUCACGUUUCAAGGUCUCAAUCACAUGUGCUUUUACAAGACGUUUUAUGUUGCCUCUGAAUCAACACAACAAAAAGAGUUACAUUAUGACCCAAUUAGCCUGUGAUUUUGAAAUGUCCUGCAGGCUUGAAGCUGUGCCCUUUGUGUAAGCGGUUUCCAUGGACUCUUCAGUCAUACACUUUGUAGACCUUAAUCACAUUUCAUGAUUAAAACACGUGUUCUUUUAUAAAGGUGGAUGGGACUUAAGCAAUCAUUGCAAGGAAGAGGAACACUUAAAACGGUCCAACUGCUUGCAUUAUUGUUGCCAAACAAGUAAAUUGAAUCACAGCUUUGAAAGAAAUAGUUUGCAGCUUUUAAAAGAAAUAUCAAAUUAAGAAAGUGCCUGAAUUUGUUUCACCCUGACUGUUUGAGGACAGUAUUCUUUGGGUUGUUUUACCUUACUUGAAUGUUCGAAGUGUUUAGGACUUUGCUUUUAAAUCUGCCUAUGAACCCUACAUGUGGUAAAACCUGAGCUUGUCAGCUGCCCAUUAUGAAACACUUUAGUAUUGUAUGUUUUUCUUUAUUGGGGGGGGGUUAUCGAAGUUUUCCAGACAAGACGUCAAAGAUUUAUUGUCAGCCUCAGUGUGAGGCUUUUGGCCUCCUCUGGUUUACUGGGAUAUUUGUACACACAAAAAAAACCUUCAAUCAAGUGUUUUUGUUUACCCUCUAAGUCAACAGACAUCCCAGAAAUGUUUCAUGUGAACAGAAACAUUGGGUGGAUGUUUUGUUGUUAGCACCAUAGACUGGGAAUGUGAACGUGAGAGAGAAUACAGCUCGUGUUUGGGAGGAGAAAUAAAUCCACCAUUCAUACUAUGUAAAAGUGUGUAUAGAUUUCUUUUUGUAUACAUUAUCAGAAUCAUUUUCAGCUGGACUUAUGUAUUGGCUGCUAUGUAAUUCAUGAACAAAACAUAGGUUAGAAUUAAUAUUUAAAGAAAAAAAGAUUGUAUAGUAUAUUUGU